UAGGCUGAAUAAGCUGUUUGUUUGUCCCUCUGUUGUCCACCCUGGGCUUGCCUUGUGCCUGGCGUCCAGGGUGAUUUCCCUUCACAACGACCACUGCCACUCUUGCAUCAGUAUUUUCACUGCUGUGAGGGUAGCAUUCAAGGGUGUACGUGUGUUUAGUUGCUUGCUCCUCAACGGGCCUCAUUAUGCAGGGAAUGGGAAAGACCGAGAGAGGAGAGCAGGGCCGAGACAUCGACCUGACAUCGCUGAGAUCCACCAUGCCAGCCAGCGGCCCCCUUCAGGGUGGUUCAGCCUCCAACCUGAACAUGAACCUGUAUGCUACUAAGAAAACAGCAGCUGAAGGCAUGCUGGACAUCGCCUUGUUCCUGGCUAACAUUACACACAUGAAGACAGUCAUUGAACAGGGUGCAGGCUACAGGUAUUACGCCGCUGUUCUGACGCUCAUUUCCUUUUCCCUGGCUCUUCAGAUAGUGGCUGGAAUCCUGAUCAUCAUAAUCGCCCGGCGAGACCUCAAUGAAGAAGCCAACCAGAAGCGCCUGGACAGCCUGAACAACACCCUAACCAUCACCAUCUUCCUCGUCUUUGUCACCAACAUCUUCAUCACUGUCUUCGGGAUGGAACGCACUGGCCUCUUUGCCAGGAUGCAUUUCUGACUGUGUAACGUAGGCAAUGGUUCUAGCCGUCGGGACCUGAACAAUUCCACUCUACAAAAGCGUCUGGACUACCUGAACAACAUAACCACCAUUAUAGUCUUCAUCACCUCAGGCAUCAAUUUGUUCAUCAGUACCUUUGCCAUGAAGAGCACUGGAUACUUCCCGUGGCUUAUGAUGCGCAUUCACUGAUAUACACAUGCACAUGUGUAAACUAUUGCACUUUUAGAGUUGCGCCACCAUAAAAGCAUGCCUUCAACAGCUUAAAAUGUACGUUUGUUCAUACCAAAGAGUUUUUCAUGCAGGUUUUGGGCAUUUCAUGGGUAACUGACUGCGCACACAUCCAUUUUAACAGAUUUGUAUGCAUUCCUUACAUGUAACAUGUAUAGUCCCCAGUUUGUUGAGCUCUAACUCUAGCAGAACACACAAGACUCAUUCUUCUUUGUCAUGUUUCUAAACAGUGAAAUCAAAAUAUGUGAAAACAAUUUCCCUCUCAGUGACUUACACUAAGGAUCACACUUUAUUUGAAUGCAAUAAAAGCUCUAAUU